UCUGCUGUAAUGAAGCAGCUUCCGGGCACAGGGCACCAGCAGUAAACAUGGCGGAGGAGCUGUUGGAAGCGGUGGAGAGACUACAGUCUCGGCUCUGCGAGAACUUAGAGCCUCGCAAGCUCCAGAAGACCCUCAAAAGGCUGGGGGAGCUGCCUAUGACUGUGGAUAUCCUUGUGGAAACUGGAGUAGGAAAAACUGUGAAUUCGUUCCGGAAACAUGAUCUUGCUGGAGAUCUUGCGAAGAGCCUUGUGGCCAAGUGGAAGAAACUGGUUCCCACCCCGUCUGCUGAAAGACCCGGCAACGCCAAGGAUGUACGGACACAUGCGCACCCUCACAGCUCUGAGGGAAGGGACGUAAGCCACAAACGUGUCCGGGAACUAUCCCCGGAGGAGCCUCCUCAUGUAGAGGAGGAGGAUGAAGAGGAGGAGAUAAUGAUAGAGGAGGAGGAAAGAGGCUACCGCUCCAACUACUCCCCCUCCCCCCCUCAGCACCACUACAGCCCCCCACAGCUCGGCCACGGUGGCCAGCGAGGGGGAUACCAGUCUGAGGGCUACGAGAGCCCCAUGGAGGAAGAGCCAGAGCCCGCGCCCAGCCUCCCUCACAAAGAGGUCCGACACACCAAACCACACAAAGAGCCUGGCAGGGAGCAUCACGGUUCCCACGGCGACCGGGACGAGGAGAGGCGGCGACGUCAUGCCCAGGCGAGCGAUGGUGGCGGCGAAGGGAAGAAGCGCAGCGUGGAGAGGGAACCGCAGCACAUUGGCAAGGCCUCCAAGCACAGUCGGCACUCCACCCCGCACGAGAGCAAGAAGGACAAGAGAGGUGGAAGUGAUGGGAGGUCACGUGAGCCUAGGGACUCCCCUGUAUUAGUCCAAGUGACUGAGGAGCAGGCGGAAGAGGCAUUUGAUACCCCCUCCAUGUCGUUUGAAUCCUUCCUCACAUAUGACGCCCCUAUGCCCACUAAGAAGAAGAAGAAGCCCGGCAACAGCAGCAGUCGGCCCUCCUCCCACCACCACACACCUCCUCGACCGCCUGUCCAGCCCUCGCCUGCUGCUCCUUCCUCCUCCAAGGAGUCCAAGCCCAGCAAGGCCAACGGGAGCCGCAGCAAGAGGGCUGAUCCAGCCCAGACGCCGACAGCAACGACUCCGGUGCCUGAGAAACGCCGGAAGGUGGUCGAGGUUGUGUCCACGCUUCCUGAUAUCUCUCUGCCGGCCAUCCAGCCUUACUACAGACCUUUGCCUUCCAUUGAUCUCACACCAUUGUCCCCUCAGCGGCGUAAAGGUCCUGUGUCAAAUGACGCCGAGGAGGACACCGGCUUCACUGGGAGACGCUUUAACUCUAAAAUGACGGUCUACUCGGGUUCAAAGACGUCCUACCUGCCCAAGAUGAUGAGUCUGUACGAGCAGUGCAUCAGGGUGCUUCAAAACAACAUUGACUCAAUUGAUGAGGUGGGAGGUGUGCCAUUUGAGAUUCUGGAACCAGUACUAGAGCGAUGCACCCCAGAACAGCUUUACCGCAUUGAGCAGUGCAAUCAGUGUUUUAUGGAGGACUCUGAUGAGCUUUGGCAUCGCCACUGCCAGCGGGACUUCAAGCGUGAGACGCCCCAGGAGUACGAGUCGUGGCGGGAGAUGUACCUGCGGAAGCACGACGAGCGGGAGGAGCGCCUUCGCAAGCUCACCCAGAACAUCAGUUCGGCCCAUGCCAACAAGCCCAAAGGUCGACAGGUUAAAAUGGCAUUUGUGAACUCCGUCGCCAAACCUCCGCGUGAUGUCCGCCGGCGACAGGAGAAGUUUGGCACCACAAGCACCUCCACUGCCAGCUCCACUGCAGCUGCAGCUCCGAUCAAAAUAAGGCCAGCCUUGUCGUAUAGCUCUCACUCGGCUGAGCCCAGCCACUCCUCCUCUCACGACAGUCCCCCUGAGACCUCUCACUCCUCAGGCCCCAGCGGUGGGGGUGGCCCCAGCGCCAGAGACAACAAACCACAGGUCAAAAAAAUCGCCCCCAUGAUGGCCAAAACUAUCAAAGCUUUCAAGAACAGAUUCUCCCGCCGAUAGAGCUAGAGAGAGAUGAAUGUAUGACGUGAUUGAGAGGAGAGGAAGAGAUUGUAGGAGCUAAGAUCUUUUUAAUUCAAUGAAUUAUGGGUAAUCUACAAAUGCCCACCAGACAUGUGCACACACAUACAGUCGUGGCCAAAGUUUUGAGAAUGACACAAAUAUACAUUUUCACAAAGUUUGCUGCUUCAGUGUCUUUAGAUAUUUUUGUCAGA